GUCUGAGAUAAGAUUAGGGAAAGAGAGUGACAUAUAGGGGAAGGGAGGGUGAUCCGAACGCAAUGUCUUGCGGCGUGGGGAACAGCUGGAAAGAGAAAUAUAAAAAUCACGCGCUACGUCGUCGUAUAGCAACACAAAAAAGAGAGUGCAAGAACGCGUGAGGAGACAAAAAUUCAACAAAGAACCAAAAAAACACAACUCAGGACGCGCCAUGAAUACAGAGGUAGAAUGCAGCGAGUGAACCAAGCGAGUUGAGUUUCAGUUCAAUUCAGUUUCUCUCCGAUCCCAAUCCAAUCCCAUAAUUCAAUUUUUCAUUUUCCCCCAAUUUUUCAAAACCCUAGCUUUCUCACUCGCGUUUUUCCCCCACUCGCGGAUCCACUUCACAUUUUUCAUACUCGCAGUUUCUGAUCUGUACCCGCUUUUUAAGUUGGUUGUGGUUGCAGUCCGGCUACAAUUUCGAUAAUUUCGAUUGUGGAAGUUACUCGGAAUGGAAUGAUGGUAGUGUAGUGAGUGGAGGAUACCCGGGAUGGAAUGAUUUUGAUGAUAGUGUAGUGAGUGGAGGAUACCCAGGAUGGAAUGAUAUUGAUGAUUGUGUAGUGAGUGGGGGAUACCCGGGAUGGAAUGAUGAUAGUGCAGUGAGUGGAAGUAUGGGUGACACUGUCCAUGAAGAGCAUCACACAGCUAGUGCACCUGUUGCUUCUCCUAAGAGGGACAUAGCUUUGUUUGAAGGGGACAAAGAUUUUGAGCCACCCAAUGGCAUUGAAUUUGAAUCUCAUGAAGCGGCAUAUACAUUUUAUCAAGAAUAUGCCAAAUCUAUGGGAUUCACUACUUCAAUUAAAAACAGCAGACGAUCAAAGAAGACAAAAGAAUUCAUUGAUGCCAAAUUUGCAUGCUCUAGGUAUGGAGUUACACCUGAGUCUGAUAGUGGUAGCAGUCGAAGACCAAGUGUAAAGAAGACAGAUUGCAAAGCUUGCAUGCAUGUGAAGAAAAAGCCGGAUGGAAAGUGGACCAUUCAUGAAUUUAUAAAGGAUCACAAUCAUGAACUUUUACCAGCUUUGGCAUAUCAUUUUCGGAUUCAUAGAAAUGUGAAGUUAGCUGAAAAGAAUAAUAUUGAUAUCUUGCAUGCCGUUAGUGAACGCACAAGAAAGAUGUAUGUUGAAAUGUCAAGACAAUCUGGUGGCUGUCAAAACAUUGGGUCUAUUGUGGGUGAUAUGAAUUAUCAGUUUGACAGAGGCCAGUUUCUGGCUUUGGAUGAGGGAGAUGCGCAAGUUAUUCUGGAGUACUUCAAGCACAUUCAAAAGGAUAAUCCCAACUUCUUCUAUUCUAUAGAUUUAAACGAUGAACAACGUUUAAGAAAUCUAUUUUGGAUUGAUUCAAAAAGCAUUGAUGAUUAUCUCAGCUUCAAUGAUGCAGUUUCAUUUGAUACUACCUACAUAAAAAGCAAUGAAAAGUUGCCUUUUGCUCCUUUUAUUGGAGUGAACCAUCACUCUCAACCUAUAUUGCUUGGAUGUGCAUUGAUUGCAGAUGAAACUAAGCCAACUUUUGUUUGGUUACUGAAGACAUGGCUUAGAGCGAUGAGAGGGAAAGCUCCCAAAGUUAUAGUCACUGAUCAAGACAAAGCCUUGAAGGAAGCAAUUGAAGAAGUAUUCCCAAACGUACGGCAUUGCUUUUCUCUUUGGCACAUAUUGGAAAAGAUACCUGAAAAUCUGUCUUUUGUGAUAAAACAGUAUAAGAACUUCUUGCCGAAGUUCAACAAUUGCAUUUUUAAGUCGUGGACAGAUGAACAGUUUGACUUGAGCUGGUGGGAAAUGGUGACUAUAUUUGAACUCCAUGAUGAUGUAUGGUUUCAUUCAUUGUAUGAAGACCGGAAAAAGUGGGUACCAACAUACAUGGGGGAUGUCUUUUUAGCUGGAAUGUCCACACCUCAACGUUCCGAAAGUAUGAACUCUUUCUUUGACAAAUAUAUUCAUAAGAAAAUCACCUUUAAAGAGUUUGUGAAACAAUAUGGGUUAAUUCUUCAGAAUAGGUAUGACGAGGAAGCCAUUGCAGAUUUUGAUACAUUGCACAAACAGCCUGCACUUAAAUCUCCUUCACCUUGGGAAAAACAAAUGUCAACAGUUUACACACAUGCAAUAUUUAAGAAAUUCCAAGUUGAAGUGUUGGGUGUAGCUGGUUGUCAAUCUAGGAUAGAGGUUGGAGAUGGAACUGUUGCGAAAUUUAUAGUUCAAGAUUAUGAGAAGGAUGAAGAAUUUUUGGUAACUUGGAAUGAGUUGAGCUCAGAGGUCACUUGCUUCUGUCGAUUGUUUGAAUAUAAAGGUUUCCUUUGCAGACAUGCAUUGAGUGUUCUCCAACGUUGUGGUUGUUCCAGUGUUCCAUCUCAAUAUAUCAAGAAGAGGUGGACCAAAGAUGCCAAAAUUAGGGAACCCAUCAUAACAGAUAGUACAAGAAGGGUACAAACUAGGGCUCAACGUUAUAAUGAUUUGUGCAAACGAGCUAUUGAGUUGAGUGAAGAAGGAUCAUUAUCUGAAGAGAGUUACAAUGUUGCUAUCCGUACACUUGUCAGUUGCCUGAAGAACUGUGUACUUGUAAAUAACUCUAACGACAAUGGCGCAGAAGCUGGCAACAAUGGUUACAGUCUUCGUGAAGCAGAAGAAAGUCAGUGUACCCUUGCUUUGAAACCAAGUAAGAAGAGGAACACAACCAGGAAAAGAAAGAUGCAACAAGAGCAGAAUCCUGUACUUGUCGAUGCUCAAGAUAGCCUACAACAAAUGGAUAAUCUUACCUCGGAUGCAAUGAACCUUACUGGAUAUUAUGGUACUCAGCAGAAUGUGCAAGGACUGCAUGUACAGUUGAACUUAAUGGAGCCACCUCAGGAUGGUUACUAUGUUAAUCAGCAGAGCAUGCAAGGCCUCGGUCCAUUGAAUUCUAUGGGUCCGAGCCAUGACGGAUUUUUUGGAACACAACAAAGCAUUCAUGGGAUGGGAGGGCAAUUGGAAUAUCGCCCAACAACCACUUUUGGAUAUAGCCUUCAGGAUGAGCAUGAUCCACACUUUCACAGCAACAAUUCAAGAAAUACUUAGGAUUUGUCUCUUCUCUGAUAUGAUUAGUUUCCUCAGAAGCUAUGUGGAGAUUGAAAAGAGCAUUGAAAGAACUUGGAAGUUCAUUAUCUUGACAACAGCUCAUUUUCAUAUCCAGAAAGAACUUCUGAAGAAGUUUCUGUAAACUAUAUGUACCAUUGAAGUUUACCUCAUGUCUUUGUAAUUGUUUAACCUUCCUGUAUUUUACUUAGAAAUUGCCCAUUGUAAUCUUUACACAGAAAUUGCCCGUUUCUGAUGGAGUGAACUUCUAUAUCGAACAUGACCACAUUUUGGGUCAGAAAUCCAAUUUCAUCACUGUUCCGGAUACCGAUGUAGCUUGUUCAGCAUUCAAAGCGUAUGUACUAUUAUAGUAUAGUACAAAAGUGCGUUUGAUAUGCAGGAAAAAUAAGGUAUUGGACAGAGUAA